GUAGACCUCUAGACGAAACCGCUGGUGAUACGAUACGAUUUCACGAACCCCGAUUGAAAAACCUAGAAGAAAAUAGACGAGGGAGGAAAUUAUUCGGCGGGCACUUUCGGUGGAAAAUCGUAUUUGACGUAGAGAAAACGCUUAGACUGGGUCCCACCACGCAAGAGUGGGAAUAUAUAUAACCCAAUCAGGAGGGUCUGGAUUCUGGAACCCGAAGCUCGCCUCCUGCCAUCCAGCCAAUUCACAAUUUUUCCUUUAGCCCCAUUUUUUUUAUUUAUCAUAUUUUAAAUAUUAAUUUAAUAAAAAGCCAUAACCUUACCGAAUUCCCAAAUACCUCUUUCCAACUUUCCCUUUCUUCUUCUUCUUCCUCUUCAAUCCCUCGCUCCAUCUCCCCCGAACGCCGCCUGGUUUCAGAAAAGAAGGAGAGGAUCUGAUCUCGAAGCUCGUUUGCUCUCUGGUUUUCGGCGAUGGCGUCCAAGCGUAUCUUGAAGGAACUCAAGGAUCUACAGAAGGAUCCUCCUACCUCAUGCAGCGCUGGCCCUGUUGCUGAGGACAUGUUUCAUUGGCAAGCGACAAUUAUGGGUCCUCCAGACAGCCCUUAUUCCGGUGGUGUUUUCCUGGUCACCAUUCAUUUCCCUCCAGACUAUCCAUUUAAGCCUCCCAAGGUGGCAUUCAGAACUAAAGUGUUCCAUCCUAAUAUCAAUAGCAACGGGAGCAUCUGUCUCGAUAUCUUGAAAGAACAGUGGAGCCCUGCUCUAACCAUAUCCAAGGUAUUUGCUCAAUCUGUACUUGCUCCAAGCGCUAUGAUUGGUUUGGGAUACUUCUCUUACACGAACACAGCUUAAGCAUACCCAAGUGAACAAUGUGUGGUUGAACCCUACGGAUCAUCGCCUUAAAAGGUGACCGAUCUGAAACGUUAAUAAUUAUGGUAUGCAGGUAUUGCUUUCCAUCUGUUCGUUGUUGACGGACCCCAACCCCGACGAUCCGUUGGUGCCCGAGAUCGCUCACAUGUACAAAACCGACAAGAACAAGUACGAGACGACUGCUAGAAGCUGGACCCAGAAGUAUGCCAUGGGCUAGAACUGGGGGAAGAAGGAAAGGGUGUGUGAUCAGUGGUGGAAGGGUUUGGCUUUGCGAGUGAGGGGGUCAUCUUCUUUCUCAUUUGGAUGUUUGCCUUUUGUCUCUCCCCCUCUCUGUCAGUUGCUAUGUAUUAAUGUCCAGUCGUGAAUGGUGAUAUGCUCUUCGAAACUAAAUGGGCUUAAACUGGCCCAAUAACAUUUCUCUCGCCCCAGAAGCCUAACAAAAGAACGACACCCAGAAAGUUUAUGUCGUUUAAUUUUUUUUUCUUCUUCUUCUUCUAAUGUAUGGAAUGGAUGAUUUGAUGUUGGAACAUUCAAAACUGUGUCCCAACUUUCUUGUGUAUUUUUCACUUCAGGAACCGACUGUUUCCUUGUUAUCUAAGUGUUCUAUCCUUGGUUGAAUCAACCAGAUGAUAUAAGUGUAUAAUUAUUGAUGUAUCUGAAGUUCAACACUACAACUUUUAUUUUGGUAUAUAUAACAGCGAGUACCCGAGGCUGCUGUACAGUGUCGAAACCAUUGCUGCUGAUCGCAUAAAUUGGUAAAUGACUAGCUCUACAUUGAUGUGGCAGAAAUGGAACUUGUUACUACUUGGC